UCAGAUCAUCCUACUGCGUGAAGUCGUUCGGCAAAGAUGUCUGCUACGGGUGCAGGCGGUUGUGGACCCGGACCAGGACCCAGUUCGGGUGCUGGGUCCGGGGCAUCGAACCCCCGAAAAUUUAGCGAGAAAAUUGCUCUACAUACCCAACGUCAAGCUGAAGAAACAGCCGCUUUUCAGGAGGUUAUGAUGGACAUCACCUCUACUAGGAUCCAGGCUCAGAAAGUGCGUCUGGCCAGAACCCAGGGUCCAUACUACGGGGGCUCCCUUCCCAAUGUCAACCAGAUCGGCAGGAACCCAGCUGACUUUCAGGGUUCAUUCCACUCUAACCUGGACUCGAGCCGCUCCACACGACACCAUGGUCUAGUAGAGCGGGUUCAGAGGGACAGGCGCUUCGUCUCCCCAGUGCGCCCCUACAGGAGACAAAUGGACAGUUCUCCAUACAACUCAGCCUAUCUGUCCCCGCCCCCAGACCCCAGCUGGAGAAGGAACUGGUCGGGCAACUUCCCAGGAGACAAAAGCCAGUUGUUUCGCCCCCCCUCCACAGCACUCAACAGGACCAACUCAGACUCUGCCCUCCACACCAGUGUGAUGAACCCCCCUGCGGGAGAUGCCUUUAGCGCUGGACACAUGCUCACACACCAUCAGGGCCGACGGACUGGUCAGGGUGAAGGAGAGGGGAGAAGUGAGUCUAAAAGUCACACUCGCUUGUUUCCCUACCCAGUUCCCAUCGAGGAGAACGUUCUGGAUGAGGGCAAAUUGCUCAAGCUCUGGGACUCCAAGAAGUUACCAAUGCCGUCGUCUCGACCCAAGUCCUGUGAAGUCCCGGGUAUCAAUAUCUUCCCAUCGCCGGACCAGCAGUCCAGCGCCCCUCACGCCCCCUCGGCCCUGAACACCGGGGGCUCCCUGCCUGACCUGUCCAGCCUGCACUUCCCCUCGCCCCUGCCUACCCCACUGGACCCAGACGAGCCAGGCUUCCCCUCGUCUCUGAGCGGGGGCAGCAGCACGGGCAAUCUGGCCUCCACCCUCACCCAGCUAGGCAUCAACGCCAGCAACGCCUUCCGUCACUCGCCGGGUCUUCUGGCAUCUCUUCAGGGCACUCUCAGUAACCCCUCCCUGCAGUCCUCGCUAAGCAACCCCAACAUUCAGUCUUCUCUAAGCAGCCACUCCUUCCCCAACUCCCUAAGCUCCACCUCCUUGCACUCAUCACUUAGCAACCCUUCCCUGCAGUCCUCCCUCAGCUCCUCCCCCUCCCUCCAGUCUUCUCUGAGCAACCAAUCCCUUCACUCCUCCCUCAGCAACUCCUCCCUGAGUGGCCAGUCCCUCCAGUCGGCUGCCAGUAACCCUAGUUACAGUAGUGGUGUUGGGGCUUCUGGCUCGUGCUCCUCCUCCUAUUCACCUCUGCUAACUAACCAGGGGCAGUCGCCACUCAGCACGUCACCACGGAGACGAGCUCAGCUCUCCCCUUUGAUCCUGCCCUUGGGAGGGGAUUCUCGCCGGCACCACACGAAACAGUUCUCCCCAACCAUCUCUCCCACCUUGUCCUCCAUAACACAGGGCGUCCCUCUGGAUACCAGCAAACUGUCCAUGGACCAAAGGCUCCCUCCCUACCCCUUCAGCCAGCCCCAGCAUCCACCAGGUCCCCCAGCAUCCCGUCAGCCCCAGCAGGCUUCUCAGGCAGGACAACCGCUCUCCCAGCCAUCUGUGGUGCUGCACCAAUCAAGCCAGCAACAACAACAGCAUCACCAGCAGCUACAUCCACAACACCAGCGACAUGCCAAUGCCCAAUCUCAGCUACCAUCUCAGCAGGUCCUUCAGCAGCUGCACCUGCAAAACCUUCGCAAUGCCCAGAACCAGCAAAUGCAGCAGCAUAGUGUGUCCGUUAAAACAGAACAACAUGGUGAGCAGGGGCAGAACUCGCAGUGCCUACAGACGCAAAGCACAUUGUUGACCAAGCAACAACAACAACAUCUGCAUCAACAACAACAACAACAACAACAUCUGCAACAACAACAUCCGCAGGUUUGGUAUUUGCUUUUGUUUCAGUUCAACAUGGGGAGUCAGGGAGAUGGCCUGCAGUUCAACCACAGUGGCCUGGGCUGUGGGACUUCUGGGAAGGGCCAGGAUGGGUCCUACCACCACAACCAGGCCUCACUGGACCUCCACGACUCUGCUGACCAGCAGCACCUCAACAACCAGAACAAGAACUUUGGGGAAGAAGGACGCCACAACGUCCCUAACAUCAUCCUCACUGGAGACUCUCCACCUGGCCUUUCUAAGGAGAUCGCCAGUGCUCUGUCCCAUGUGCCUGGGUUUGAAUUAGACUCAUUUGCACUUGAUGACCCCCUCAGGAUGGACCCUCUGGCCCUUGAGGGGUUAGGCAUGUUGGACGGAGACCUCAUGCUGGCUGACCCUGCCGUUGAAGACUCCUUUCGCUCCGACCGCCUCAAGUGACCCCUUUUGAAGUGGACAAGGAGA